AUGGAAGGGCACAAGCGCUCCAAGUCGUCGAGCGUCAAGAACCUCCUGUCGCGUGUUACUUCCAAGCCCGACGGAGCUGCCGCGACCACAGACAGCAGCGACACUUCUCCGCCCAGCACAGCCGUCUCGGCCAACUCGCAGCCCGCGCCAGCUAGACCAACAACAUCGGGCCACAGUCGCAGUGUGUCCAAGAAGCACAACCCACACCUCUCGACCAGCAUGUCGAAUACAGGCGCCGGGCAGGACAGCCUGAGUCCCGCCUCGCCCAGCGGCCAGCAAGCGCCCACCUCGCCCACGGGCAAGUCAACUUCGAUAGAGCAGUCGGUGAAGCUGUUCCGAGUAUUCGAGUCGCUCCGCAAUGGCGACACUGCAGCCAUAUCGAGGGCCAUCAGGGACCAGGCAGGGCCAACAGACGGCGAAGAGGGCAGGUCGUCGCUGCAACUGCCCAGCGCGCGCACGGAAGGAACCUCUAUCCUGCACCUGGCCAUACAGUGCGCCGAGGUGCCCGUCAUCGAGUUCGUGCUAUCCAACGCAACGGCUACACCAGACUCGCCCAUCGACAUCAAUGGCCGCGACCGCGAUGGCAACACCCCGCUCCACCUCGCAGCCACGCUGGGCCGCGCGCCCGUUGUCCGAAUGCUGCUCGAUCAGCCCGGUAUCAACGACUCUGUCACCAACUACAACGGCCAGACGCCCUUGGAUCUCGCCCGCACGCCCGACAUCUUCCAGCAGCUACAGCUUUCGCGCUCCAUCUUCAUCGACACCAACGUAAAAAAGAUACAGCACAUGGUUUCCGCUGGGGAUAUGGACUCACUAGAAAAGAUACUACAGGAUGCUAGGAUAAGAAGCACGCUGGACGUCAACGGCGGAGAGCUGGCGACUGACCCGGUCGUAAUGGAUGCGGGCGGUACCCUGCUGCACGAGGCAGCCAAGAAGAAGGACAUCAAGCUCGCCCAGCUUUUGCUGCUCAACGGAGCUGACCCGUUCCGUCGUGACCGCAAAGGCAAGCUUCCCCAAGACUAUACCAAAGACGACCGCACACGUGCCAUCUUGAAGCGAUCACCCGCCGCCGCCGCGGCCCAGAGGGGCAUCCAAGAGAAGACCAUACUCGCAGGUGGACCCCCGGGCCAAACUGCGACAGAGAGCGGAAUGGGCGCAAGAGAGUCGCGUGAGAUGAAGGGCUACCUCAAGAAAUGGACCAACUAUACAACCGGAUACAAGUUGCGGUGGUUCGUGCUUGAGGACGGCGUUCUCAGCUACUACAAGCACCAGGACGAUAUUGGGUCUGCAUGUCGCGGUGCCAUCAACAUGCGCAUAGCGAAACUGUACAUGGAUCCCCAAGACAAGCAGCGAUUUGAAAUCCAGGGCAAGUCGUCGGUCAAGUACCACCUCAAGGCAAACCAUCAGGUUGAGGCUAAGCGAUGGUACUGGGCUCUGAACAACUCAAUCCAGUGGGCCAAGGACGAGGCCCGCGAAGAGGAGAAGCGGGCGAACCAGGAUCAGGAGAUGCUGAAGCAAGCCAAGAUUGAGCAGAUCAAGGGCGAAGGAGACACGUCUAGUAUUGGCAGCUCCAAGGUAGCACCAAGUUCGCGAAACUUGACUGCUGCAUCCACUCUCGGCGUCCCUCACCCAAGUCUGGACAACACAUCCUCACGAACUGCGGUCAGCGUAACAGAGGACCCUGGAAGUGCCUACGAGCCUAGCAUGAACGGCCAAGGUCUGGACAGAAUGGUCAGCCACAUGGGUACCGCUACAAUAGCUGGCGACGACGAAGACGAAGACGACUACGGCGACGAUACGAGCAGCCAUGAGAUGAAGCCCCAAAGCAAAGAUGCAUUCAACAUCACAGCGCAAUCGGCCAAGCUACAACUCGAUCUUCUGACAUCCGUGUCGUCGGCCCUCCAGACAGAGAGGAGUCGUACACCCGACCUGAAGAUUUCCGACCCAAUGAUGCUGCAAGCAUUUGCUUCGUACGAAUCCGCUAUCGGGAACCUGAAGGGCCUAAUUGGCGAUCUGCUUCGCAUAUCCAGAGAUCGCGAUGCCUACUGGCAGUACCGCCUAGACCGCGAGGCCAAUGUGAGGCGCAUGUGGGAGGAAAGCAUGGCAAAGGUGGCAAAAGAGCAGGAAGAGCUCGAGAACCGGAUAGGCGAGUCUGAGGAGAAGCGACGGAAGCAGAAGAAAGCUCUGCGAGAAGCCCUGGAAGAUUACGAGACGACUGGUCCCAAGCCGGAUGCCAAGGACGACGAGGACGACUUCGCUGACGCGCCAGAAGAUGCCCAGCAACAGAAGGAUAUGACAUCACACGUGGGGCUUCCUGCUAAGAGCCAGAAGGUCAGGAGGAAGGCUACAUUUGCGGACAUUGCUGCCGAUAUCUCAGACUCCGAUUCGGAAGAUGACGAAGAGUUCUUCGAUGCUGUCGGUGCUGGAGAGGUCGAGGUUGUUGAAAUGCCUGCGGCUGCACCCAAGGAGCCCACCCAAGUAGACAUUCCGGCCUCUUCAGACGACCCAUUCGAGAGGAAGCAAAUGGAGAUUGCUACAGCAUGGGCAGGCUACGAAGAUGGCCCACGGAAGAGGCUCGCAAUGGACGCCGACGAUAGGCCAAAGAUAUCACUAUGGGGUAUCCUCAAGUCCAUGAUUGGCAAAGACAUGACCAAAAUGACACUACCGGUCUCUUUCAAUGAGCCCACCUCACUGCUCCAACGUGUCGCCGAAGACAUGGAGUACACGGAUCUCCUCGACACCGCUGCCGAACGCGAUGACUCUACCGAGCGACUACUUUACGUGGCUGCUUUUGCCGCUUCAGAGUACGCUUCGACUAUCGGACGUGUCGCCAAACCUUUCAAUCCACUUCUCGCCGAGACCUACGAGUAUGCCCGACCAGACAAAGGUUACCGUUUCUUCAUUGAGCAGGUCAGCCACCACCCACCGAUUGGUGCCGCCUAUGCGGAAUCCAAGAAGUGGGAUUACUACGGUGAAUCAGCAGUGAAGUCGAAAUUCUAUGGCAAAUCUUUCGACAUUAACCCGCUCGGAACUUGGUUCCUUCGUCUCCGCCCUACCGUCAACGGUGGGAAGGAGGAGCUCUACACCUGGAAGAAGGUCACCUCCUCGGUAAUUGGCAUUAUUACUGGUAACCCCGUCGUCGACAACUACGGUACCAUGGAAAUUACAAACUGGACGACGGGCGAAAAGUGUUUGAUCGAGUUCAAGCCUCGUGGUUGGAAGGCUUCAUCAGCUUACCAAGUGGUUGGUAAAGUUUUCGAUAAAGAGAACCGAGUCCGCUGGAGUAUCGGUGGACGAUGGAAUGACAAGAUUUAUGCGCGCUUCACGCCAGGCUUCGAGGAUGCAGACGUUGAGAAGAGUGGGAAGAGUUCAAAGCACGACGACAACAAGGCUUUCCUCGUCUGGCAAGCUCACGAGCGUCCAACGGGCAUUCCCUUCAACCUUACUCCGUUCGUGGUAACCCUCAACGACAUCCCCGACAAGCUUCGCCCUGUCGUCGCACCAACAGACACCCGUCUCCGUCCCGACCAACGCGCUAUGGAGGACGGCGAGUAUGACUUUGCCGCCGUGGAAAAGAACAGGGUCGAAGAGAAGCAGCGAGCAACUCGCCGACAGAGAGAGGCUGAAGGCAAAGAGUUUGUACCCAGAUGGUUCCACAAGGGCAAGUGUGAGACUACUGGCGAGGAGUACUGGGUGUUUAACCAUGAGUACUGGAAGGUCCGAGACCGUGUCGCCAAGGGAGAAACGACAUGGCAGGAUGCCGGCACGGAGGAUAUCUUCUAG